AUGCCUUCGUACGUAGUGACAGGAGCAUCUCGAGGAAUUGGGCUCGAAUUCGUAAGACAGCUGAGCUCCAUCCCAGGCAACGAGGUGUUUGGACUUGUCCGGAACAAGUCGACGGCUACCAGGUUGACCGCACUUGACCGCCCGAACGUCCACGUUCUCCAGGCCGACGUCACGGAUAAGAAAGCGUUAUCCGACGCUGCUGCCGAGGUCGGAAGGGUUACCGGCGGGAAACUCGACGUCCUUAUCAGCAAUGCUGCCCUGAUUCCUACGGGGCGCGCCGUGCGCGGCGUCCGGAGCUAUCUUCCAGAUCAUGCCGACGAGUUGAUCUCGGAUGUCAAAGACGCUCUCAACGUCAACCUCAUCGGGGUUCUGCUCACUACCAACGCCUUCCUGCCCCUCCUACUGCAAGGCUCCGUGAAGAAGGUGAUCGCGAUCUCUACCGGGCUGGCGGACCUCGACUCUACGCUCGAAGUCGAGAUCUCGUCCACGGCACCCUACUCCAUCUCGAAAGCCGCGCUUAAUAUGGCCAUCGCGAAGUACGCUGUGGACUACAAGAAGGAUGGCAUUGCCUUCCUUUCGCUAGCUCCGGGUGUCGUUGACACCUCGGAAGGGAAGGGAGUUAUGCAAGGGUCUCCUGAGGAGAUUCAGGAAAAUAUGGUAUUGGCUGUGCGCUUCCAGAAGAAGUACCCGCACUGGUUGGGUCCCUCGACGCCCGAAGAAGCUGUUUCGCAGAUGCGGAAAGUCAUUGAUGAUUUGACGCUGGAGAAGUCGGGGGAUUUCCUUUCACAAUAUGGUAACAAGCAGUGGCUGUAGAUGUCAAGGUAGCAUAGGCCUGUUAUACACACCAGGGAAUCGCGGACCUUAUGGUUGUGUGCUGAAAUUUAGAUGUCCGUGGAUUCGUUCGGAUAAAGCAUAAAAUUGAUCCUUUAUUGGCUUGCAA